AUGGAUAGCAAACAGUGUACUCAAGAUGUCUCAAUAGCACACAGAGAUGCUGAUGAAAAACAAACGAACGAAAUGAAAAAUGAAAAGAAAGCGUCGUCUCCUGAGGAUAAUCUCGCACAAAAAGGACUGAAAACCAGCAGUAUAAAGUUCUUAUUCCAAUGUCUGACACUCAUGGAUAUAUUCUACGUCAUCAUGGCGAUUAUUGCUUCUGGGUUUAUUCGUCGCUCGAUUAAUUUCACUUCUCUCUCCGAAGAAUAUUGUCCGCCGGGAAUCGAAUUAACUUCUACUAAUUAUUAUACCGUGCUUUCAUCUUGUAAUUUUACUGAUACUAAUCACGAUCUUCGGCAUCAGACACAGCGGCAAAUUAAUUUUAUAUAG